AGCUGAAUGGCCGGUUCACAGGAACUAAAGCUGUUGGUAUGUUACUGAAGACAAGCUCAUCACUUGAUUAAAGCCAAAUCAGAAAAAAAGGAGAUAAAAUAUGUACCAUGCCCAAAGGAAAGGGAGCCAAAGGGACAAAGGUGACCCUCAAGAUCGCCAAAAAAGCAAUACGGAUGACACUAGAUGGACGGCGCAGGCUCACCCUUAGCAACAUGGGUAUAACCGUCUUCCCAAAGUGUCUCCUCAAACUGACCAAUGUUGAUGAGUUGGACCUCAGCCGCAACCUGAUACAGAAACUCCCAGAUAACAUCGGGAACAUCUCGUCACUCAGGUGGCUAGAUCUACACAGCAACAAGCUGGAGUCUGUGCCAGAGUCCAUCGGCAACCUGGUGGAACUGGCCCACCUCAACCUCUCUAAUAACCGCCUCACCUCUGCGGGCUUACCCUCUGCGCUGGGUUUUCUCAACAGUCUCAAGAGUCUCAAUCUGGGGAUGAACCAGCUGGACACCCUGCCUUCCACUAUGGUGGCUCUAGACAGUCUCCAAGAGUUAGGCCUGUUUGAUAACCUCUUCAACAACUUACCAGAGUUUCUGAACGUCCUACGAGACCUCACUAAGGUGAACAUGAAACGAAAUCCUGUAUCAUAUGCUCAGGGAGAUGGUGAGGGGAUGCUGAAGGCAAAAUCAGAACCAGAGGAAGAUGAGUACCUGAUACAUGAGAGCAGCCUGUGUAGGACAUGCCUUAAAAGAUGCAAAGAGCAGAGGGAAAGGCUUACAAGAGGAGGAGGAGAAGGGGGCAACAUGUUUAAGGAGAAAAGGAUAAGGACUUAUACAGGACUGACAGUGCCAAACUCAGUGGCUACAGUCAAUCAGGAUGUGUGGAGAAUCAGAAAGGUUUGAAAUGAGAAUCAA